AUGGUCAUCACUCUGAGUGUUUGCUCACAAGCAUACAGUAAAGGAGACUUGAUCGGGGCAAACCUUUCUCUGGACGACCGUGUGAUCAAGACCAAUGCAGACGUGAAGGCUCUGACCUACUGUGACCUGCAGUGCAUCAACCUGAAGGGGCUCUACGAAGUCCUGGACCUGUACCCCGAGUACUCCCACUGCUUUGUACGGGACAUCCAGCAAGACCUCACCUACAACCUGCGGGAGGGACUGGAGAUGCAGCUAAGAGGAAGUGGCUGCGGACACCGUAGACAAGGAUAG